AUGGCAUAUCAAUCCGACUCAGUGACCACUUGCUGCCCCGCCAAUGCGGCCCACGAGCCGAGCCAUUCGUCCAUUGCCGAGCCUGAUGCAGUCGACAGUAUCCUACCUCCACAAACCAACGCGGGGUCCAAGGGCAAGAUGAUGGAGAAGGGUAGAGUGGAAUCAAGUUCAGUCUCGUCCGAUGGCGAUUCUGGCCUGGAUAUGUGCCUAUCCGAAGACGACCUCGCCAGCUCGCUUGACCGCAUCGCGAGAAACAGUGACACCUCAUCAGCGACAGCAGAUGAGGAGCUUUCGGCAACAGGAGAGCUCAUGCAGUCCCUAUGGGCUCAACUAUUCCAUGUUACCACUAAUCGCUUGGACGAAAAUGCCGAUUUUUUCGCCCUCGGCGGGGACGUCACGAAAGCUCUACAGCUUACCAAGAUGGCAUGCAAUCACGGUAUCGCUAUAUCAGCUAGGGAUAUCUUUCAGCACCCACGACUUGCAGCGCUUUCGGUCCUGGCUCGGCCGAUUCAUUGCAGACCCCCCAACGCUGUUGCCCCCUUUUCUUUGCUCGGAUCCGUCCAUUCUGGUCAUCUCCGUGCCCAAGCUGCGCAGCUAUGUCAUGUUCGGCUCUCUGAUGUCGCCGACGUUCUUCCAUGCACCCCUCUUCAAGAAGGCUUGCUGGCACUCACGCAGAAGAAUCCUGGACACUACGUGGCCCAGUUCAGGUUCGAGAUGGAUGCGAGCAUCAGCGUAGAGAAGCUACGUAGGGCCUGGGAUCAAGUCGUGGCCUCCACUCCCAUCUUGCGGACGCGCAUUGUGAGCAUCCCGAACCAUGGACUUUUCCAGGCCGUCUUGGACCAUGGGGCAUCGUGGGCAUCGGAUGCCUGCCCAGAUCAAGAUGACGCAGGAGAACAACACAUGGGCUUGGGAACCCCUCUGACGAGAUUUUCCAUCGUCGAGGGUCCGGCAUCCCGCCGCUACUUCAUCUGGCAUAUCCAUCAUGCUCUGUACGACGGGUGGUCCAUGUCCCUCAUGCUCAAGGAAGCCGAAAAGGCCUACUACGGCGAGGAAACAGCUGGUCUUGAGUUCAUGGCACCUUUCAUCAAGUAUAUCCAGGACCUGGACGAGUCAAAUCUGAGGCAAUUCUGGCUGGCCCAGUUUGCAAACAUGCAACAUUCUGACCUCCUCGUGAACGCCCUUGCAACCCCCCUGUCAUCGCAGCCUCCCCGUCAGGUCACCCGUACAAAGUUGGAGCUCCACUGGGGUCGCAGUGAGUUUACGCCGUCGACAAUGAUUAGGGCAGCUUGGGCCGUAGUCAUGGCUCGCCGGACCAACUCGAAUGAGGCGCUCUACGGCGUAACCAUGACAGGCCGCCAGGCGGAAGUGCCUCGAAUCGAAUACAUGGCCGGGCCAGCCAUCGCCACCGUUCCCUUCCGCGUCAUUAUUGACUGGGAGAGCAGUGUCGGUCAGUUUCUGUACGCUGUGCAGCGCCAAGGAGCGGACAUGAUUCCGUACGAGCAGACAGGUCUUCAACGAAUCCGGCGAAUGGGAGGUUCUGCCGCCCAGGCCUGCGCUUUCCAAUCCCUUCUGGUCGUUCAGCCAGCCGAAAAGGAAAAGGCGGGACAUUCUGCAAAGUUCAGGCCCUUCAUGACCAUCGUCCAGUCAGACGACACAGACUCUACUGAUCCAGAUCGGGAGCGGGAUUGGGGAACGUACCCAAUUGAAGCCGAAUGUCAGUUGGGCACACACGAUGUGCGUCUGCAGAUUGACUUUGACUGCAGCUUGGUGCAAAAAAGCCAAGCAGAGCAUAUUACUCAAAUGUUUAAUCAGGUUCUCCGUCAGCUUGUCGACCAUGCCCACGGUCAAGUCAGCCUCGGGACAGUGGCCGAGGCGGCUCAGCCUGCCGUCAUCGGCCUCGACUCCAUCCGAGCCUGGAACUCCAAAGUGCCCGACACGGUAGAAGACUGUGUGCAUGCCAGAUUUACGAGAAUGGCAGCGCGACAGCCUCUGGCGCCGGCGGUUUGUGCUUGGGAUGGUGACCUCACCUAUCAGCGCCUCGACCGGCUUUCGACAAUCGUUGCCGGCCAACUUGUCGAUCAAGGUGUGUCCGGUACAUUGGUUCCCUUGUUAUUCGAAAAGUCUCUUUGGAUGCCAGUUGCUGUGCUUGCCGUGAUGAAGGCUGGCGGCGCCUUGGUCGCCUUGGACAUGAAGCAGCCGGAAGAACGACUCUCCGCCAUUGUAUCUCAGAUUGACUCGCCCUUGCUGCUGUCCUCUCGACAAAACGCUGCUCUGGCGGGGAGACUCGGCAAGAAAACAGUUGUUAUCGAAGGCAAUGCUGAAAAAUAUCCUACUUCAUCAACCACUCAAGAUACCAAUACUCGCCUCCCUACUGUCAAGCCCAGCAGCCUCCUUUAUGUUGUCUUCACCUCCGGUACUACCGGAAAGCCAAAGGGCGUCAUGAUCUCGCAUGGCAAUUUUUGCAGUGCCAUAGCCUAUCAGCAGCGUGCACUGGGAUAUGGUCAAGAAUGCCGAGUAUUUGACUUUGCAUCCUACGCUUUUGACGUUGCUUGGUCCAAUCUCUUCUUCUCCCUCACAUCCGGGGCAUGCCUCUGCAUCCCGUCAGCCCUGGAGCGAGAGAAUGAUGUGGACGGCUGCCUGAAAAAGUACCACAUCAAUUUCAUGGAUCUCACGCCUUCGCUUGCGCGUACCAUUGGCCGUGAUGUGCUCUCCAGGCUGUCGACCAUCAUUCUCGGCGGAGAAGCGAGCCUCCCGAGCGACGUCUCGUUGGCAGGCGGAAAUACCCGCAUUAUUAACGCAUAUGGCCCUUCAGAGUGCACGCCAACAUCUCAUCUCACUUACUUAAAGGAUGACGCCAUAAGCAUUGGCCAUGGGGUUGGAGUGUGCACCUGGGUAAUCGACCCCGAUAAACCUGAUUCCUUGGUAUCUAUCGGUGUCCCUGGCGAGCUCUGGAUCGAGGGGCCGCUGGUCGGUUUGGGAUAUCUCAACGAUUCGAAAAAAACGCAAUCCGCUUUUGUACAGGAUCCUCCAUGGCUCUUCUCUGUGGCCAGACGAAACGGAAAGUUGUACCGAACAGGUGAUCUUGUGCGAUACAGGGAUGAUGGUACGAUCGUUUACAUGGGAAGGAAGGACACUCAAGUUAAAAUCCGAGGCCAGCGAGUCGAAUUGGGCGAGGUCGAGACUCGCCUGAGACAGCUUCUAGUGGCUUCAUCGGUCGCCCAGGUCAUUGUCGAGGCGACGCAGUCUGCAGGCUCCAAACACACUGCGCUGGUUGCCUUUAUUACACUUUCUAGGGCCCAAGAAAUGACGGAAACAGCUCACCACCUGGCUGUCAAAGAAGCCACCAACAAGCUGGCUGAUCGGCUGUCCAAAAUGCUACCAUCAUACAUGAUUCCAGCGGCUUACUUUGCAAUCCGCGAAAUUCCCAUGACCACAACUGGCAAGGCUGACCGGCGACAACUUCGCAACAUUGGCGCCUCAUUCUUGCUAGAGCUACGCAACGCUUUGGAGAUGAAGGACGCCCCAGCCGAGAUCUUGAACGAAACGGAAAGUCUUUUAAAAACGGUCUGGAUGUCAGUUCUGAACCUUUCAGCUAAACAAGCCUCCAUCAACACCACCUUUUCGCGGUUGGGGGGCGACUCCAUCUCCGCAAUGCAGAUAGUUUCGCAGUGUCGACUUCACAACCUCGGAUUUACAGUUGGCGAUAUUUACCAGAAUAACACGAUCCGCAAACUUGCGUCCCAUUGUAAGUCUGCUUGUAAAUCAAUAAAUGGACAGGUGGAGCAAGUGCGUGUCGACCAAGAAAGCAAGGAAGACGCCGCGGGACUCUUCGACCUCUCGCCAAUUCAGCAGGCCUACUUCGAUUCCUACCCCGAUGGUCUGAACCACUACAAUCAAUCCUUUUUGUUGGAUCUUGGCAGAAAGGUUGAUUACGAUGUGCUCCUUUGCGCCAUACAAGCGCUCGUGCGGCGGCACGCGAUGCUCCGCGCUCGCUUCAGACAGGAGCCAGAGGGUGAGCGUCGAUCUUGGAAACAGAUGGUAGUCGAGCCGGGCCCGGAAUCAUUCUCAUUCGUCCAACAAUCCGUAGCACAUCAAAACGAGAUAGAGUCGAUCGCUCAGGGGCGACAAGAACGGCUCGACAUUUGCAAAGGUCCCGUGUUUGCCUGCGACCUGUUCAACCUUCCCCAUGGCGGUCAGAUAAUUCUUCUGUCGGCUCAUCACUUGGUUGUCGACCUUGUUUCAUGGCGCAUUAUAUGGAACGAGGUAGAGGAAUUUCUUAUGCUCGGCGAAUUACGAUCCCCAGAGCCCUUGUCUUUCCGCUCCUGGUGCGCCAAACAAGCCAAAUUCGGCCGCAACCUAUCGCCGCUCAGUGUGCUCCCUUAUGCCAUCCCUGAACCUCAGCUCGACUUUUGGGGCUUGUCACCAGAAGACAACACUUUUGGCCGAUGCGAAGACAUUGACGUGCUGUUGUCCGCGUCGACAACAGAGCUUCUGUUUGGCAGCAGCAAUAACAGCCUAAGGACGGAAGCAGUCGAUCUCAUCCUCGGUGCACUCUUCUAUUCGUUUCUCCAUACUUUCCCCGAGCGUGGUUUGCCUCCCAUCUGGAUUGAAGGCCACGGCCGAGAGCAGUUUGACGAACACUUCUCGGCGGAUGUGUCUGGCACCGUUGGAUGGUUCACCACGCUAUACCCGCUUACAAUGUCAAUGACGUUGAACGAUUCCAUUUCCCACGUGGUUAGACUUGUCAAAGAUACUAGGAAAAAGGUUCCGGGCAAGGGUCAGUUAUUCUUUGCUUGCCAGCAUUACAGUGAGUCCGGCCGACAGACGUUCCAGGGCCACAGUGUGGCCGAGGUCGUGUUCAACUUUACAGGGAGAUUUCAGCAGCUCGAAAAACAUGACAGUAUUCUUAAGCAAUCGGAUUCAAUCCGAGGCACAGACUUCAAAAUCUGCGAAAUUUCCAAGGAUGCACGACGACAGGCCAUCAUUGAGCUCAACGGCGGAAUUUCACACGGUCAGCUUGGCGUCACUUGCAGCGUCCCUAUGCACGCGCGCCAUAAGCUUCGCAUCCGAAACUGGAUUCACAAUUUUGCCGAAAAUCUCGAGUUCAUCGUACAGACACUUACAGAUGCACCAACAGGGUUCACAUUGUGCGACUGGCCUCUGCUUGACCUAUCAUACGGUGGCCUAGACACGCUGUUAAAUAACCAACUUCCAAGCAUGGGCAUCAGUCCGGGGGGCAUUCAAGACAUGUAUCCCUGUUUACCUCUUCAAGAAGGCAUGCUGCUCAGUUCUGCUAAAGGCACGGCCUCUUAUGACACUGUUACAAUCGGCCGAUGCAUACCCGCUGGGGACAACGGUGCCGCGGUGUGUCCGGCAAGGCUCGAGGCUGCCUGGAAGAGGGUGGUUGGCCGGCACACCAUUUUGUCGACGGUAUUCGCCCUCCACCCCGAGGGAAACGGAUUUAUCCAGAUUGUGCUCAAUGGCCCGCCCGUGCGCGUUUUACGUAUCGAGACCGAGCUCGAUUGUCCGUCGGAGGCCCUAUCUCGGAUCGAACAACCGACAUUCGCAGCCAACGAGCCACCACAUAUGCUGGUCAUAUGUGAAUCCAAAAAACACGAAGUUUUCUUUGGCCUUUAUAUGAGUCAUGCACUCACCGAUGCUCAAUCAUCCGCUACGCUGCUUCAUGAGCUCGCGGCCGAAUAUGUUGGUGCUGUCUUGGAGCCUGCCCCGGCCUUUUCUCAAGUAAUUCGCUUCAUCAACAGUACGUCGCAAGCCCAGAAGCUGGGUACAUGGUGUUCACUACUUGAGGGUCUUCAUCCAUGCAUAUUUCCGGUGGCCUCUCCAAUUCUUGGGCAAGAGAAUCAAAACACAUCAAGUCGGGUUUUCUAUGCCUCCAGGCGCAAAUUUGGGAUUUUGGAAUAUUGCAAAAAGGCAAAAAUCGCACCUUCUUCGCUUUUGCAAACUGCCUGGGCCAUGGUGUUGUCCCAUUUCACGGGCAUGCACGACGUGUGCUUUGGAUACAUGAGCUCAGGCCGAGAUGCCGUAGUCAACAACGUUGAUGGUCUGGUUGGACCUCUGGCGAAUAUGCUCAUCAGUCGAGUGGAUGUACGACAGGAUGCAAGACAGGUUCUAAAAGCGACCUCGAAUAGGUCCGAGGAACAUUUAACUAUUCAGCAUGCUUCCUUGGCACAAAUACAGCAUCGACUCGGUAUGUCAGGAAAACGGUUGUUUAACACGUCUCUUUCCAUCAGCCAUCAGAAAGCAAAGGCAGCCGGGAGAGAUUCGAGCAUCACAAUCGAAGUCCAAGGCGGCGACGACGUACACGAGUUUGACCUGAAGUGUAAUGCAUCUUUCGAUGGGGCCCACACAGACCUUUCCCUCGAGUUCAAGCAACCGCUUAUCUCUCAACAGUCCGCGAAAGCUGUUUACGACGUUUUCUUAAAGGCCGUUGAAUACCUCUUAGCCAUUGAUGUUGCUGAAAUGAAUACAGUAGCAUUAGAUGAUAGAGAGAGUUUUGAACAUGUCGACAACGAAAAUACCUGCAUGCAGUCGCUCUCCAACAGCUUCUUCAAGUACAUCACGGGAGAAGAAGUGGCCAUGGCAUCAUCGUUCUGGACAUCACAAUUCAUUGGCCUUCAGGCAUCUCACUUCCCCGUAUUGCCACCAGCAGAUCACCGUCCAGAGAUUGAUAGCGAAAUCUGCUUGUCCAUGAGUGGGUUGGAUAUAAGUUCUGGUGAAUACGCGGCUGAGACACUCGUCCGAGCGACGUGGUCAUUGUUGACAGCUCGGAUCAUGGGCUCAGAGGAGAGUAUAUUUGGUGUCACAAUACCAGGCAACUACGGCCCCAUAUCUUUACCAAAUCGGAGCAUGAUCAGCGCCAAAACGCCCAUCAGCAGCUUUCUCAGCGAACUCCAGGAGCAGAGCAUCGCAAUGGCACAGUUCCACCACAUGGGCAUAGAGCGAAUACGCCGCUUAAGCAAAGAGACCGACGCUGCUUGCAACUUCCAGACACUCCUCACAGUCUAUGAGCCCGUGACAGCUGCUGAAGAUUUCAAGGCAUCUAAUGGCAAUAAGGGGUAUGACGACUACCUACAGGAAACGGGCAAGUAUGUCAUGGUAGUUUGCGUUCGGCCGGGGGCUUCCACAACCCAGCUACACAUCCAGUUCGACUCGCAUGUCGUUGAAAAAUACCAGGUUGAGCGAGUCGCAGAACAGUUUGAGAAUGUAUUCUGUCAGCUACUGAACCUGGGUAGGCGGCAAGAAAAGCUUGGGGAUAUACGUGUUGCAAGCCUACAAGACCUUGUCGAUAUCUGGUCAUGGAACAGCGCGCUCCCAGAACCGGUAGAAGUCUGCAUCCAUGAUUGGAUAGUACAACAAUCCAAAGAACGACCAAAAGCUCCUGCCAUCAUGGCAUGGGAUGGAGACUUGACAUACGGGCAACUUGAUCAUUUAUCAUCCAAGCUGGCAAAUCAGCUGGCCAGCAAGGGUGUAGGCAGAGGCAGCAUCGUGCCAAUCUGUUUUGAGAAGUCCAUGUGGAUGCCAGUUGCCGCGCUCGCCGUCAUGAAGGCUGGCGGUGCUUCGGUUGCAAUUGACACCUCUCUGCCGGAGGAGAGGAUCCGUUCGGUCACGACGCAAGUUUUUAACAACAUGACGAGGACAAAGAUUAUAUUAUCCUCAAUUGCGAGCGGAAAUCUUGCCCAAAUGCUGGGAGCAGACGUGGUACUGACCGUGGCUGACGACCUGCACAAGGAACGCGAGACGGCGACUCUCGAACUGCCGAUGUCGCAGCCAUCCGAUGUCCUCUACGUCGUGUUCACCUCUGGCAGUACGGGAAAUCCAAAGGGCGUCGUCAUCACGCACCGGAACUUUUCCAGCAUCCUGGUGCGCCAGCGAGAUGCGUUUGGAAUCAACAGCAGCUCACGGGUGUUUGACUUUGCAUCCUAUGCUUUCGACGUUGUGUGGCUCAAUCUCCUCAAGACUCUGACAGUAGGCGCAUGUCUUUGCAUCCCAUCGGCGGCCGAGCGCGAAGACGACCUUGGCGGGAGCCUAAUAAAAUAUGGCGCUACGGUCGUGGAUAUGACGCCGUCGCUGGCCCGCAUCGUCGAACCGAGAUCGGCGCUCUCGACGCUCUCGACGCUCAUCUUGGGUGGCGAGGCCGUUUCGCCUAGCGAUGUUCACCUCGUAGGGGACAAGACGCUGCUGAUGGUUGCGUACGGCCCUGCGGAAUGUACACCUAGCAGCACAGUCAUGGACAUGUCCAGAUCGAGGGACGCCGGGAUCGGCCGAGGGUUGGGAGCCUGCACAUGGGUGACGGAAGCAGAAAAUGCUGAUAUGCUAGCACCAGUCGGUGCCGUGGGCGAACUUUGGAUCGAGGGGCCAGGCGUCGGUAUCGGCUACCUCCACGAGCCAGAAAAGACGGCAGCAGUUUUCGUCCAAGAUCCAGUCUGGCUCAUGCACGGCUCCCCUGAUGGCAAGGUUCCCGGCCGAAAUGGCCGGGUCUACCGCACAGGCGACCUUGUGCGGUACAAAAAGGAUGGAAGCCUACUCUUCGUAGGGCGCAAAGACACUCAGGUCAAGAUUGCCGGUCAGCGUGUUGAGCUCGGGGACAUUGAAUACCACGUUCAACGGGCCAUCAAGCAGGCUUGGCCGCGAGGAGCACAGGUCGCCGCCGAAGUUGCACAGCCGCAAGGGAUGGCGAGCAAAUACGUCGUCGCCUUUAUCAGCCUCGAAGGCACCCUGUCGUCCGGCGAGCAUGCCGAAGCGGUUCGAAAAUUGACCGCUGACAUGCGGCAGGGAUUGGCAAAGGCGCUCCCACCAUAUAUGAUCCCAUCCGUGUACCUGCCGCUGCAGACGAUUCCCAUGUCUGUGACUCGAAAGAUUGAUCGACGGCGUCUUCAAGAGAUUGGCUCUGCCCUCACUUCCAAGGACCUACGAACGCUUGCUCACGCUUCAGGCGAGACGCAAUGUCGCGCCCCAGAGACGGAUGCCGAGCGGACAAUCCAAACACUAUGGGCCGAGAUUCUUGGCGUGGAUCCGAAAGGCAUUAGUGCAAACGAUAGCUUCUUCAAAAUUGGAGGAGAUUCCAUUGCGGCCAUGAGGCUGGUUGCCAAGGCACGGGACAAGGGUCUCAACUUGACGGUUCGACGCAUCUUUCAAUGCCCAGCCUUGUGUGACCUCGCCGUCACCGGUGCCUCGACGAGCAACUGA